GUGGAGUGGAAGAAGUUUGUGACUACCGGUUCGCACGGGCUGCAAUUUUCUUGACGUUUGAUGUCAAUGUUUACUUGUUAUGUGAUUUAAUAGUUAUUUUAAGCAAUAUUGGUGUUUUCGUAAGUUUACGAUAUAGGAGAUACUUGGACCUGAUUGGUUUCAGGACUUUAAACAAUAAAAAUGCCGGCCCCCGCAGCGGAAAAUGGAGCUCCAAGAUCAGAACUUCAAGAACUUCAGUUUAAAGCCCAACAAGUUACAGAUGAGUCCUUGGAGAGCACCAGGCGGAUGUUGGCACUCUGCGAGGAGAGCCACGAGGUGGGGAUGAAAACCCUGGUCAUGCUGGAUGAACAGGGCGAGCAACUGGAUAGGAUCGAAGAUGGCAUGGAUCAAAUCAAUACCGACAUGAGAGAAGCCGAGAAAAAUCUGACUGGAAUGGAAAAAUGCUGCGGAUUGUGCGUUUUGCCAUGUCAGAAGGGAUCAUCUUUCAAAGAGGAUGAGGGAACAUGGAAGGGAAAUGAUGAUGGUAAGGUUGUGAACAACCAGCCCCAGAGGAUGAUGGAUGAUCGUAAUGGCAUGGGACCUCAAGGCGGCUACAUUGGGCGUAUCACAAACGAUGCACGCGAAGACGAAAUGGAAGAGAAUGUCGGUCAGGUGAACACAAUGAUUGGCAACUUAAGAAAUAUGGCCAUAGAUAUGGGUUCUGAACUGGAGAAUCAGAAUCGGCAAUUGGAACGUAUUAAUCUUAAGGGCGAAAGCAACGAAACACGAAUUGCGGUGGCAAACCAGCGUGCUAACAAACUCCUCAAGUCCUAAGGCGAUAGGGGAUAACAAGUCGUCUUUUAUAUUCUUCUGUCACUUCUUGAUGUUUGUGGCUUAGCGUUAUCUAGUUUACUAGUUGAAGUAUUAAUAAACUUAUGUAAUAGUUUAAAAAAAAUUCGCCUGUUCAGUAUAUUUUGUAAAUAGUAGUUGAUGAAGUCUGCUGCACAUAUCACAAUUAAUGACAUUAUUUUUUGCUGUCUCAGAUCAAGUGGUCCAACGUUGGUGGGUUAUUUUCUAGCGGAUUAUUGGGUAGGAUUUUUAAUCUCGUAAUUUAAGAUAAAAGGCAAAGCAGAACUCAUAGUUAAGCAGCAUUCAUGUUAAUUCAAGGCAGUUUUUUUAACGGCAGUAUUUUUUUUAUUUAAAAUUGAAAGUCAGCACCUGCAAAACAAUUUUUGAUGUUAUGAGAUUACUUAAACUUUUCAUUGCAUCACCAAUAGGAAAAAGAUGUCAAGGAUAUUUUCAUUUGUUUAUUAUGUUGAAUGUGAAUAACUUUUUUUUAACACAGGUAAAUAAAAGGGAAUUGAGUAUAGGAUAUUGAGUGUAUUAUCUUCAAUCUCAGAAGAGACGCAAAAAUUGUCGCAUUGAUUUUAGUUGUUCUUCAUAUUUUUAUUUUACACUAUUGAUAUGUAACCUCAUGAGCCUGUAUUCCGAUUAAAAGAAAAACAUGCACCUGAAUUCUGAUAAGAUCCUAUUGUUUAGAUAAGCAGAUAAGAUUUUUUCAAGGAAAUUAUGGUUUAUUCUCUUAUAUUUUUCACUGUUACGACAUAACGAUGAACUUUCAAUUAAUAUAUUUUGUGUUUAGUCAGUUUUCAUUAUUGAAGGAAUUACCCUUAACUAAAACAUAUAUUAUUAGUAUAUUAAAUUUACAUUUUGCGGUUAACAUGUGGAGAAGCACAGUUCAUGCACACAUUAGGGUUUAUUUAUUUGGGCAAUUUAGUUUCUGUUCACUUUAGUGCGUCUUUUGGACCGUGUUCCCGUCUCUAGCCAUUAUUGAUGAUUAAUGAAUGCCUUUGCAUUUUUAUAAGCUUUAAAUUUGUUAUACAUAAUUUAACUGUUACAAAAUUUGGAUUGUUAUGAGUGCAUUGUAAAUAAGGUGUAUUUCACCCAAGGUUGUAUAUAAUUAAUGUUUUACAUACGAGGAUUCUAAGAGGUUGAUUUGGAAUAUGUAUAUGUUCAUUUUUAAGACAUAAUUAUGAGAUUGAUUUUCUCCUGGAAUAUUUGCUAAUUAUCAAUCUCAUAUCGAAUGGUUUUGAUAUGUUGGUUUUAAUUUCCAUGUGAUUAUUAACAACUGUCUAUAUUUAAUAAAUUAUAUAAUAAUUUUAGCUUUUUAUGUUGUAUUUAAAAAAUUCUUCCAUUAAUAUUUGCAAACUUUGCUUUAAAUUCUAGAGACACAUAUAUAAUUCUUAAGACUUAUCCCGCCGCAUAUAAAAAUAUUAUUAUACUAAUCAUUUUUGCAAUUAUAUUUUGGAUAUGCCUAUUAAAAAAUUUAGUAUUAAGAGAUUGAGUGAUAUUUAAAUACUUAAGGUUUGGAGGCUGUUGUAUCUCAAAAUACAAGGAAGUAUUUUGAUUUUUUUAUUGUAAUUGUAGUUUGAACCAGCUUUUAAAAAAUAGGUACUAUAUGAUACAUAGGCCACCACAGUGGUUUUUAUUUACAAUAUAUUAUAAUUUAUACAACAUAUUCUAUUGUGUAGCUAUUUCAGAUCAUUAAAUAAAAUAUUAUUGAGAAAGUGUAUUAUUAAA